AUGGCUCCAGGGGUAACCACCAGUCCAGCCCAGAACAGCGCAACCACCAACACAAACAGCCAUGUCGGCAAACCCUCGCAGCAGCUGUUCCAUCACAGCCUAGUCACUACAGACUUUGAUCCGCUGAAAUUCCGCGCCGCUGCCGCAUUGCAAUGGCAGCUCAGCAAGAACACGCCCAACAUCGCAGCCCUGGACACAGACACCCGCCUCAUCGCCUCCCCAUACAACGAUGCACUUCACCUUCUGGAUCUAGAAACCCUCGAUACCCAGGACCGGCUUUUGGCGCUAGCAUUGUCGGCCCUCCGACCCAUUCGCGACGACUAUGCAACAGCGCCAUACACCGAGUCGUUCAACUGGGACGACGUUUUUAGUCUAGUGAGGACUUUCGCUGACGCUGAGAGCCACUCGUGGACGCAGCAGUCGUUCUACGUGGUCGUGUUCCGGUCAAAGCUGCAGCCAGACGCGGAUCCGGAUCGUUUAUAUGCGCUGGAUGCGCAUUCGCAUCAAGAGGCUAUUGCCAGUGGGGGCUUGUUGAAGUAUUGGUUUGGGACGAAAGAUCAAGAUCAUCAAAAUUUGGCUACCUGCGUUUGGCGCAGUCGCACUGAUGCGCGGCUUGGUGGUCGGGGGCCAUGGCAUGCAAAGGCGAGAAUGGCUGCCCGAGAGCUGUAUGAGAACAUCACAUUUACGACUCUGGAGCUGGUUGUCGGGGAUGGGGCAAAGUCGUGGACGGUUCGGGAUUGGAAAGAUGAUACC